CAGAAACAGGCAAUUUUAUACGGGCGAAAAGUUACAAAAAAUAAUUUACCCACUUUUCGGUGGCGAAAACGAUGAAACUGUAAAAAAUGGACCAGAGAUUUAAGUGCAAAACAUAGAAAUAUCUUGCGAUAAAACGUGCUAAUCCGGGGCAUAAAACUGGAUAUGCAAAAUGCGAAGUAGUCCGGACAUGGAGUGCCACUAAGUGCCGGUUCCGUCUGCGGAGAAAACUAAUUUAGCGGAUCAACUGCCAUCGAAAAAAUAUUAUAACAAAAAAAAGUAGAAGAAAAAGAAUAGCUAAGAAGAAAAAACAAGAGCCAUAAAACGCUGGCAAGCAGAUAUUAGUGCACGUUUUGCGAGGAGUUUCUGUGCAGGAGUGGAGUGCUCAGGGAUAACCGGAAGGAAGCGGCGAACGAAGCAGGAGGAGCAGCAGGACUUCCGCUCCGGGAAAUCGGUGUCCACCUCGGAACUAUCGCUCUUGCUCUAGCCGGCAACAUACCAGCCUAACAACAACAUGUAUCCCUCACCGGUGCGCCACCCCGCCGCCGGGGGACCACCACCUCAGGGUCCAAUCAAGUUCACCAUCGCCGACACACUGGAGCGCAUCAAGGAGGAGUUCAACUUCCUGCAGGCGCAGUACCACAGCAUCAAAUUGGAGUGCGAGAAGCUGUCGAACGAGAAGACGGAGAUGCAGCGCCAUUAUGUUAUGUACUACGAGAUGUCCUAUGGCCUUAACGUGGAGAUGCACAAGCAGACGGAGAUCGCCAAGCGGCUGAACACACUGAUCAACCAGCUACUUCCAUUCCUUCAGGCCGACCACCAGCAGCAAGUGCUGCAGGCGGUGGAGCGGGCGAAGCAGGUGACCAUGCAGGAGCUCAACCUGAUCAUUGGGCAUCAGCAGCAACAUGGAAUUCAGCAACUUUUACAACAGAUCCACGCCCAGCAGGUGCCAGGCGGACCACCUCAGCCGAUGGGCGCACUGAAUCCAUUUGGUGCCCUGGGCGCCACCAUGGGCCUGCCACACGGACCAGGUCUGCUGAACAAACCGCCCGAACACCACAGGCCGGACAUCAAGCCCACGGGUCUGGAGGGGCCAGCAGCCGCCGAGGAGCGAUUGCGCAAUUCGGUUUCGCCCGCCGAUCGUGAGAAGUAUCGCACACGCUCGCCACUGGACAUCGAGAACGACUCGAAGCGUCGAAAAGAUGAGAAACUGCAAGAGGAUGAAGGCGAGAAAAGCGAUCAAGAUUUAGUCGUAGAUGUUGCAAAUGAAAUGGAAUCCCACUCACCGCGUCCCAAUGGCGAGCACGUGUCAAUGGAGGUGCGCGAUCGGGAAAGCUUGAAUGGCGAGCGCCUGGAAAAGCCAAGCAGUAGUGGCAUCAAGCAGGAACGGCCGCCCUCACGCUCCGGCUCCAGUUCUUCACGUUCCACACCCAGCCUCAAGACAAAAGAUAUGGAAAAGCCGGGUACACCGGGCGCCAAGGCACGCACACCGACACCGAACGCCGCUGCUCCGGCGCCAGGCGUUAAUCCUAAACAAAUGAUGCCGCAGGGACCACCGCCAGCCGGAUAUCCGGGUGCACCGUAUCAGAGGCCGGCCGAUCCCUACCAGCGUCCACCGUCAGAUCCAGCCUAUGGACGACCGCCACCAAUGCCGUACGAUCCGCACGCCCACGUGCGAACCAAUGGCAUUCCACAUCCCUCGGCCCUAACGGGUGGAAAGCCUGCAUACUCUUUCCAUAUGAACGGCGAGGGUAGUCUACAACCGGUGCCGUUCCCGCCGGAUGCGCUGGUGGGCGUUGGAAUUCCGCGGCACGCCCGUCAGAUCAACACGCUGUCGCAUGGAGAGGUCGUCUGUGCGGUAACCAUCUCCAAUCCCACAAAGUACGUGUACACGGGCGGCAAGGGCUGCGUCAAGGUAUGGGACAUCUCGCAACCGGGCAACAAGAAUCCAGUCAGCCAGCUGGAUUGUCUGCAGCGCGACAACUACAUCCGCUCGGUGAAGCUGCUGCCCGACGGCCGUACGCUGAUCGUGGGCGGUGAGGCGUCUAACCUGUCCAUCUGGGACCUGGCCAGUCCGACGCCUCGCAUUAAGGCGGAGCUAACAUCGGCGGCGCCCGCCUGCUACGCUCUGGCCAUUAGCCCUGACUCGAAGGUGUGCUUCUCGUGCUGCAGCGAUGGCAACAUCGCCGUGUGGGACCUGCACAACGAGAUCCUGGUGCGCCAGUUCCAGGGCCAUACCGACGGCGCCUCAUGCAUCGACAUCAGUCCAGAUGGCUCCAGGCUGUGGACGGGUGGCUUGGACAACACGGUGCGCUCCUGGGAUCUGCGCGAGGGUCGCCAGCUGCAACAGCACGACUUCAGCUCUCAAAUAUUCUCGCUCGGCUACUGUCCCACAGGCGACUGGCUGGCAGUGGGAAUGGAGAACUCGCAUGUGGAGGUGCUGCACGCAUCGAAACCGGACAAGUAUCAACUGCAUCUGCACGAGAGCUGCGUUCUGUCGCUGCGCUUUGCCGCCUGCGGCAAAUGGUUCGUUUCCACCGGCAAAGACAACCUGCUUAACGCAUGGCGAACACCCUACGGUGCCAGCAUAUUCCAGUCGAAGGAAACAUCAUCCGUACUUAGCUGCGACAUAUCAACUGACGACAAAUACAUUGUGACGGGUUCGGGCGAUAAGAAGGCUACUGUCUACGAAGUUAUUUAUUAAAUCCACAAAACCAUGCAGUUUUUUCAUUUUGUAA